GCAGCUACUCGGCUGAGCAGCCGGUUGAGUCAGCCUUAGUACCUCACUCACUCUUCUCCCGGUCCCUGAAACUCGGCUGCCAGGAGAGCCGGGGCCACACUACGAAGGUGUCCCCUCCAUACUGGACCCCUACAGGGAGCCAUGUGUGCCCAGCGGGGGCACUGCCCCAGCUGAUGCCCCAGAGCGGCCACCCAUCUCAAGAGGGGCUCUGGGCCCCACCUCACCCCCUCAUGGCGCAUGAGCCGGAGCCCAAGGCCAGUGAGCUGUUGGACCUCAGCUUCCUGACGGAGGAGGAGCAGGAGGCCAUUGCUGAGGUCCUGAAUCGAGAUGCCCACCUGCGCGAGCUGGAGGAAGGGAGGGUCAGGAAGCUCCGGGCCUCACUGGCAGACCCUGGGCAGCUGAAAAUCCUGACGGGGGACUGGUUCCAGGAAGCACGCGCCCAGCGGCACCACCAUGCCCACCUUGGCUCUGACCUUGUCCGAGCCUCUAUCCGCAGGAAGAAGAGCUCCAGGGGAGACCAGACUGUGGAUAGCAGUACCGAGGCUGAGGCUGCUGGGCAAGAGACGGAAGAGGAGUUGCAGCCUGGGCUCCUCACAGACCAGGCCCCCCAGGAGAGGCUCAGUGAGGCUGAGGGACCUGAUUUCCCCUCACCAUAUGUCCCCCCAGAGGUUUCUGAUCAUGAGGAGGAGCCCCAGGCCCAGGAAGCCCCUGGCCCAGCGGGUACACAGGUCUACCAGGAGCAGGCGGACCCAGAGCCGGAGCCGCCUUCUGGUGGGGAGGAGGAGCCGCAGCCCCGCCCAGCACAGAUCCAGGCGAUGUCCGAGAUCCUGGAGAACGGGGAGGAGGCUCCGGAGCCCGGCCCCUCACUCGACCGCAUGCUCAGCAGCAGCUCCUCCGUGUCCAGCCUCAACUCCUCCACGCUGAGCGGCAGCCUGAUGAGCCUGUCGGGGGAGGUGGAGGCGGGUUUGCAGGUGCGCGGCUCCGUGCACUUCGCGCUGCGCUACGAGGCUGCCGCCGCCGAGUUGCGGGUACACGUGAUCCAAUGCCAGAACCUCGCCGCCGCGCGGCGCCGCCGCUCGGACCCCUACGUCAAAAGCUACCUCCUCCCGGAUAAGCAGAGCAAGCGCAAGACGACUGUGAAGAAACGGAAUCUGAACCCCGUCUUUAACGAGACUCUCCGGUACUCCGUCCCGCAGGCCGAGCUCCCGGGCCGCGUGCUGAGCCUGUCCGUGUGGCACCGCGAAAGCCUGGGUCGCAACCUGUUUCUGGGCGAAGUUGAAGUGCCCCUGGAUACGUGGGACUGGGACUCUGAGGCCAUCUGGCUUCCCCUGCAGCCCCGGGUCCUGCCCUCCCCUGAGGACCUUCCCAGCCGUGGGCGGCUCUCUCUGUCUCUCAAGUAUGUCCCUGCCGGCUCUGAGGGUGCAGGCCUGCCCCCGAGCGGGGAGCUGCACUUCUGGGUGAAGGAAGCUCAGGACCUCGUGCCUCUUCGUUCAGGAUCCCUGGAUACUUACAUACAAUGGGGUAAAGGGGACAGCUUGGGUCCGAAGAGUUGAGGACACCUUUGAGGAGCUGCAUUUCAGUGGCUGGCACCUUUAGGACUUGCUGGAGAGCUGAGGCUGGGACCUGGGAGGUAGCAGGGGCCCUUCCAUGGAUGCCCUGCAGGGCCAGGCUGUGAGGCCCUGCAGUUCAGUGGUCUGCAAAGUAAGCUCCCGGGAAACCUCUGGAGGUGUCCCCAGGCUCUGGCCCGCCCUGAGAAAGUGAAAUGGAGGUAGGCCUAACAGGUUCUGAGAUCCAGCCCUGAUUCAACCAAACAUUGUUUUUCUCUUAGGUUUUCUACUUCUGAGCAAUACUUUAUCUUGCAGAAAGGGCUCCGAGGCUUUAAAAACUUUGGGGAACUACUCUGGGGGGCAGCAGGGAGUCCGUGACGGUCACUGAGCAGGGAGCAGCAACAUCCCAUUUCAGUGCCAUUCCUCUGGCAGGAGACCGGAGAGGAGGCUAACGCUAAGGUCACAGGGCAGUGAGGGUUUGAGGCCAAGUCUCAGGCAGGAGCCAGAGGCCAUGUCAUUGUGAGGGAGCACAGGUAGCACUCAGUGAUCGGUGGGUCCCAGGGACUGUGGGGGGGUAGCCACUUGAUGCCAGCCCGCCUAU